CAUUGAAACUCGUGUUUAAAACGGCACAAUACAAUUUCGUUUCUAUAUUACAACGAAAGUCAAAGAAUUGUGUAGCCGCCGUCUCAGUCUUCAACACGCCGGUUUUCUUAAUAGAGAGAGAGAGUAAGAGAGAAGCCGUUCAAGAUUCGCAGCAAGUUGUAGUGUUCAGCAAGUCACUCAGUCUCAAAGUGUGGAGUAGAGUUGGAGCACUUUAGCCCAUGCUCUCAUCUUUCUGCAAAACACCUUAAUCUUAAUUCUCUACCAUUCAACUAAGAGAUUAGUGCCACUAAAGAAAGAAUAGCACCACUCUUCAUGGCAUUAUUCACUCCGAAGAGAUUUCAUCAGAGAAAGUUCUUUUUAUGAACCAUACCAGCCCAAGUUUAGAAAAGGGGAAUGUGAGACAGUUGAGUGAACAUCAUAAAACAUUCCGAGUAAUGGACAAUUCAAAGGAGUGGGAACGUAAUAGGGGUGUGCUAAGGAGACAAAGAGAAGGAUUUCUGGUCGUGAUGACGUUUCAUUCGUCGGGCAAAUGGGGUUUGACCAAGUCGACCCUGCUAUUGUGUUCACUUCUCGUCCUUUUGACCGUCUGUCCACAGGGCAGUUUUUGCAAGGGUGGUGGUGGUGCUGGAGGAGGGGUGACCAGCGACGAGAGGGAAGACUCGUCGUCUGCCGGAGUGGGGGAUUCUGUGGAGGAAGACACAGAGAUGGAAAUGUCAGACUAUUUGGAUGAUGAAGUCAGAUUCGUCACUGAAGACGACUUGUACGAAGAAGAAAGAUCUCAUUAUUCGGACUUCCAUCAGGGUGCCAAGAUGGGAAGUGUGAGUAGAUUUCAGUACGAGCGAUGUCCACCUCUACCCGACCCUUCAUCCGUGGCAUCGUCUGCAACAUUAUGUGCUGCAAAACGCUGUCAACGGGACGACGAGUGCUACAACGGAUAUAUUUGUUGCUAUAAUGGAUGCGUCUACGCCUGCCUUCCCAAGGUUAAUCCCCCCGUAGCAUUCGACUGGGUGGAAGAGACGGAUCUUAAAUUUGUCUCCCAUGAUCAUGGCCCACCUCUAACUGACCCGACACUUCGCAGAGUCAACCCAAAGACACUCGUCAAUGCUGAAAUUAGCCCAGAAACGAUUUCACUUGCAGGAGGGUGCUUCAUCAAUACGAAGCAAUACGACGAUUUGCUAAUGUUCAGAAAAUUCGAUCACGUUAGAGCAUGUUCCUGCACAAAGGGCGAAGUUUUCUGUGAAAUUAAUCACCAGCCGAUGGAUAUCAGAGGUUGAUUGAUCAGGAGUUGUGCAAGACUUGUUACCAGUAUUCAUUACUACAACAGAAAGACUACAACAAUAGUAUCGUCGACAAUUAAGAAGCACAAAACCAAUUAUAUGCAUAGCUUUACCGUCAGGAUGGUUUAAUGUUAUGAAUGAAGAAAUCAGCAUUUAUAUCUAAUGUUAAUUAAAAAAUAUCAUUAAGUAUUUAUGACUAUUGUUAAUUUUAUAAUUAUGCAUUUCCCACUGCCUAAUAUUUUAUUUUACAUUUUUAGAAACAUUAAUACAUACUUUGGUUAAUUAAA